AUGUCGUCGCGACCGCGCGCAGUCCCUGCAGCCACCGCGCGCACCGGCGGCCAGCGACGGGCGAACCGCGGCCUGCGGCGGUGGUGGCUGCUGCCGCGAUGCCGCCCCGCAGUCGCACUGCACUGCGGCCGAUGCCGCCCCGCCCUGCUGCUGCUGCUGCUGCUGCUGACCGCCGCCGCCGCGAUGGACUUGCGGCCCGACAUCACCAUGUCCAUACACGGCGACCUAGCCGGUAGUGGAACGCCGAGCACUUUCACGGUCAAUCAGGUCUACACUAUAGUUUCAAAUAUCGAAUUCAGACUAAGAGAUUUGUCAAAUACAUUAAGACGGGACCAACAAACAGAAAGAAUAAAUUCCAGAAUAGACAUAAUAUUCAAUAAGCUCAGUCAUUUAGAAGUUUCCAACGAAAUGUGGUUUGAUAAAUUUCAACAGUCAGUGAUGGAGGAAUGUGGUCCGAACCACAUGACCAGACGUCUCGACAAGGCUCAGCAACAACUAGAAAUUACAUUAGAACACAUGGAGACCACACUACAGACUGUGCAAAAUCAUCAGAAAGAACUGGAGAAAGAAAUCAAGAAAGUGGUUGACAGACAGACAGAAUUGUCCACUGACAUUCAAACUAUGCAAAAAGAUAUGAACUCCGAGUUUGAGAAACACAAUUCUAAUCAGAUUACCUUCAAGAAACAGUUACAAGACACUAUUGCAAAUUUAUCUCAACAAUCGAAAGUCAUGGACAGAUCACUGAGUACCUGUUCGUGUAAUCAAGACAGCGAUUCCAGUCAAAUUCCAGACAUAACAAUUAACAAUCAUAAACUAACGACAACGAUAAAUAAUAUGUACAAUGGACUCAAAGAACGUUCAGAUCACAUUAGCAUCACACUCAAGGAAUUGGUGGAGAACACUGACAAGUAUCGGCGGAGAUUGGACUCUGAUAGACGUGGCGUGAUUAACGAGUUUUUGGAUAGUUUUUUGGAAGCGGCCAUCGACAAAAUAACAGUAAUUCAGAAAAAUUCAGAAAACGAACUCGAAGCCAAAUUCAAAGAAAAUUUGCAAUUACUCGUAGAUGGACAAAACUUAUUUAUGGACAAUUGUCACCGGUUGCAAUCAAACGAACGGCAAAUCGAGAAUGAUAUGGUCGAUAUAUUGAAAAGGAUAUUAGAUCGUAUUGAUAACAAGAGCAAGUCCGAGAGCACAACUUUGGAACAAAUACCGAAAACGUUGAAAACCCAAAGCAAUCUGGAGGAAAAAAUGUUCGCGGAACUGUCGGAACUCAUCAAAACACAGUCUGAUCAAGUGACUAGAACGGUAGCUUACUCCACCAACCAAGUGUUAAAGUUACACCAUGACUUAACGAACAUUUCCAAUGCGCUGAUGACCGUUCACAAUGGUGGUGGACUCAGCAAUGUCACCGUUACAACGACGGAUAUGAACGACAGACUACCUUUGCACAAUACCAGCAACAGCCAUAUCAAUAACCCGUCAACUUCAAAAAACAAGUCCAACAACGAAAAACUUUCAACGACUAUGCCUAAACAGAACCGUUCUCCACAUGAUUAGAAUAAAAAAAAACGCGUAAAUAAUACCUACGAUAUAAACAUUAAAUUAAUGUCAUAAAUUUUUCCAAAUAC